UGCGCGUCGGCACACAUUCACAUCCGGGUCACCGGACAGUAUUAAAACCGUUUCAGAGUUGUUAUUGCUGGAGUCAUGUCCGAGUGACAAUUUACAAGACAAGCCAGCGUUUCACGCUCAACUGCGUUUGUAUUCAUGCUUCUGAAAUGGAGUCUUCGCAGAGACAUCGCUCGCUUUAUAAGGGAACAACCCCGCCGUGGAAAGAAACAUACCGCAAGCGAUGCGUAGAGAGGCUCAAGGGUAGCAGGUCGAGAUUGCUCGACCGAUAUCGCAAGAUGGGUGAGGGUUCCAAAUGCAGCGGCCCCGCGACCUCCUUCAUUGUACAGGAGGUCAUGGAAGAGGAAUGGAGCGCGCUGCAGUCCGAAGAUAGGAAAUUACCGUCCUUAUGGGGUCCAAAGGGAAUGACAGAGUUGGACAACGUUAUGAAGGACCAUGAUGAACUGGCAGUUUUAGAGGAGAUCCAGCAGGAGCUUCUGACCUAUGAAAUGUCUAUUAUUGAAGAGUACGAGAGAAACCAACAAUUUGAGCAGCAGUACAUAUCAUCUGUUGUGGAAGGAAUGGAAGUGGCUCAUGUUAUUUGUCCCAUGUGCCAUAUGAGCAACUUGAAAAUCAGCAGUCAUUUCAUAUCCUGUCCAUGUGGACUAUACAUAAAUACAAAGAUGAAGAACAUCACUGCAGAUGUCCUACGGCAACUUCUCGAAUCCAGAGUCACAGAGCACAUGGAAGGCUGCUCCUCCAAUCCUGUUUUUUCAUUAGCAUCAAAUGCAGAUGCCUCUCCCAACCUGCUAAUAAGUUGCAAGGUUUGUGACUACCUCUCCAUCAUCCUGUGAUGUGGAACAGCAUAAAAAAAAUUAUUUGUAUUUAUGAAUAUGUAAAUAUUUGUUCAAAUAAAGGUUAUUUUUUAUAUUUAAUUCAGAAGUUUUGGUACUAUUAAAAGGUUCACAGAACGUCCUAUAACACCUUAUGUAAAGUCUAUGUUGGGGAAUUUUUUAUACAUCCCCUUUGUUGAAUAGAUGUAUGUUCAAUACUUUUUUUGAGGCAAUAAACUGAGAGACAU